UUUUCAUCAAAUUUCAAGGACUAUCCAAUUAAUCGAAAUACAAUACUGAUACUUAAGAAUCUAGACAUACUCAAAUCAAAUACAACUAGUCGGAAUUGGCUUGUCCCCCCGCCCUCGCCCCAACCCUUUGUCUUAUCAAACCAUUCAAACCUCAUAUUAUGUAAUAUGCAAAUAGAAUUUUAGCGGGUGGGGGUUACGAAGUUGGCAAUGAGGUAGAAUCUAUUGCUGAUGCUUUUGAUUCAAGGCAUCAAACCCAUGAUGGAUUCAGAAUCUCAUCUUUUUUUUAUGACGAUUGUGAUGGGAAGGGCCUACCACCUACUAGUUGGGAUUAUGCCGGAUGAUGAAUAUGAAUCUUCAACUGGUAGCCCAGAAGAGUUCUCUCUUGUGUCCGUUCAUCCUCAACUUAUCGCUGGUUCGGAGAAGAGAUGUAACAGGGCCUCUGCGGCUGUCGCCACCACUAACCGGCGACAUGUCUUCUCAGACCAGGGCCGCCCCUCCUUCAAAGUUAGAUAUGCCUUCAAUGUUAGAUAUGCUCACAAGGAGAAAAGGGGCAAAGAUGAAAUGAUGAACGCCAAACGGCUUUUAGUUUAUAUGUUCGAUGUUAGGAGAGUGUCAGUUGAGCUGAGCUAUGGUUAGAGAUGUGCUUUGACCAUAAGAGAAGAGACGGCCAUGCGUCAAAGGAGCUAAUCCUGCUAGAUGAUGGUGCUAUGGUUUAAAAUACAUAAAAGGUAUUGUUUCUC